CAGCGACGGUUUUAGCAGUUUACAUUUUGGCGGCAUGUGUGAGGCAUUAUGUGGUGAAAGAUGGCAAACAGCGCGCUCUUACAUUUCCUCUUCGUGUCUGCAGUAUUUCACAAAGGUCUAAACUCUGUGAUUCAAACACAGACGACUGUGGCCGCAGCAGUGGGAGAGCAGGCCUGCUUAAACUGUCUGCUGAUUCAAACCAAAGAAGUUCAUCAAGUCACCUGGCAGAAGAUUCUACCUGAUGGAGAGAGGACCGUCGCCACUGACAACCUGCACUUCGGUCAAAGAGUGGACCCUUACUUUAGUGGUAAGGUGGAGUUUCGAGAUGCUGGACUGCAGAACAGCUCCAUCGUGAUCAGGGAUGUGACGGAGCAGGAUGAAGGCUGCUAUCGCUGCAUGUUUAACACCUACCCUGAUGGAGCUCUCAUUGCUACAAUCCGCCUGAACGUCUAUGAGCUGCAUGAACCCGUCCUACAUGUCAGAGAAUCAAACUCUUCUGAAGAGGUCGUUGUUUCCUGCUCGGCUACGGGUCGGCCCGCCCCCACUGUGACAAUAACACUCCCUCACCAAGACUUGAACUUCCACAACACUUCUGUCUCAGUCAGGAACAACAACAGUACAGUCACCGUCACUAAGACAGCUGUGCUCUCUCGUCGUCAUGACAACAGCACACAGGUCGGGUGCACAGUGGGGGGCUCCUAUGGCGUUCACAAAGAGGUGUUUAAGAUGAUCCCUGAGGUCAAAAAGUCGCUCCCUGAUGAAAAGUCAGGAGCUAAUAGCAGCAGUCGUAGUAGAACUUUAAUCAUUAUAUCAGCUUUAACAACCUGUGUUAUCAUCACUGCAGUCAUCUUCCUCUGGCGUAGACACAAACAUCAGAACAGUCUGUCACACGAGGUCCAUAUGAAUGAGAUACCAGGAACUACAGAUGAAGACCCUCAGAAGACCCAAGAGUCUCCACAGGAGAACGUACAGGUCCGACUUCGAUCAACUCCUGUGAAGAGUGAAGAGAGAACAAACACAAAUCCAACACCAGUUUCAUCCAGGAGACUGUUUGAGUGAUUGAUCAGAUGAACUCAGUUUUUUGAAUAACCGUGAAAAGCUGUGAUUCACAAAUUGAUGGAAGAGCCGUGUUUUAUUUAAUUCUGAUUUUUUAAGCUUCGAUAAGAAAAGUCUUUAAAAAAAACAUUUUGAUACCCUUCUCUGUUUAAAUGUAUAACUUAUUUAUGUUCAGCACUUUUCUAGCACAACAGCACUUCUUUGUUCAAUGUGUGUGUUCUCAUGUUAUUUAUAGUUCAAACCUCAAAUGCACAUUUGCUGUCUGUCUGUAAUUACAUUGUGCUUCUUAAGGUAACUUGAAUAAUAUAAUAAUAAUUAUAAUAUAUCGCAUUCGUUUGCAAACUAAUCAUGGCUGUGCAAUUACAGAAUUGUAGUGUUUUAAUCUCUGAGCUGAAUAUAGGGUCUAGUCAUUUAUUGUUUAUUAGGCCUAUAUUCUACUUAUUUAUUUGUCUCCUUCAUUAAAUUAUACUGAUUUCACCUGUGUCUUUCAGCCUUGAGUUCAGUUUUGACUCGCAUUGUGUACAAAAAAUAAAUGGAAUUGAAAUCUA